AUGAGUGCGGUUGCACUGGAAUUGCGUCGCAUUCUUCUCAGCCUCGGUGCGCUUAUCAGUGAAGUACCGUUAUCGCCGGCAUCAGCUGUGCGGUGCGGACUACGCGGCUGCCUACCCUGUGUGCCGCCGAAAGGGGAGCGGCACUUCAUCAUAGGAAGACCGCUGAAUGCGUUACCAGCUCCCAGCCUAGAGGAAAGCAAGGAAAACAAUUUGCAAAGAUACGCUCGCCUUGAACAAAUAAGGCAAGUUUUCUGGCGGAGAUGGCAGAGGGAGUAUAUAUCUGAAUUACAGUCACGCACAAAAUGGAGGGCUGAUACUACAAGACUAAAUGUUGGAGACCUGGUGCUGCUGCAUAAAGACAAUGUGCCACCACUAAAUUGGCGCCUUGGACGAGUAUCUAGACUCUUCCCCGGACCAGACGGCAUCUCUAGAGUCGCAGACAUCAACACUAUGAGAGGCAGCGUGCGUCGCCCACUGUUCCGCCUGUGUCCCCUGCCCACUGCUGGUGAAAUUCAAGCUUGAAAGUCUACGCCUUUCAACGGGGGGAAGAUAUGUUUGCGCCUAGCAUAAAUUUCAUAGCAAAGUCUCACAAGAACGUGUUGAUUAAUAUUAUUUUAAGUAAUAUUUUUAUAUUUGAAUUGUAAGGUAGAUCAUUCUUUUUUCACUUUUUCGUUCGGCUUUGUCUCGCACACACUAUCUGUACGUCGUAAUUUAUAUAAUCCAAAAUUAUA